AUGGCCAUCAGUGAUUGGCCCGGGACCAGCUCUCCAGAGCUCCCCACUCGCCCUCCUCCGACCUCUAACCUGACCUAUAACCUGAGAGUUAUACUAAGUACCAGCUGGCUACAAGGCGAGCAUCCCUCCAGACAAGGGCGCCCUGGAGUGGUAUUCGUGCUGCUUCUUGUCCUAUGUUUUGGCCAGGUCUUGUGGCUAGCUAUUGUGUACAAGACAGUAUAUGCCCAUUUACUACAACAAAAAAUUAAAGCACUACAACGACUGUUACUUGCUUGUCUACUCCCCUUUCGCCCCACUUCGGGUUACGUCCCUUUUUCACUUGCCCACCCCCUCCCCUACUACAUUCUGUUGAAGCAAUCGAGAGAGGCAAUUGCUGCUACUUUCCUUCUUUUCCCUCCCUCCCUUCCCCUUUCGCCUCUCUGUUACCUUGCCCUAUAA